AUGUCUGUCAAGGUACCGAACAGAGAGAUUUCACCGGAAAACAGAGAUGUAGGAUCUCUGCGGCAGACCCAUGAGUUGACAUCGUUCAAUAUACAAGAUAAAGUACUUGCAGUGUUCUUUACCACGCGAUCUGGACUGUGUCUAGUCAAGAUACUCUACGAGCUGGCUUGUGGACGUAUAAGUCUUGUUCAACACCGCAAGUGGCAACAAAAACGACAGCAUCACGGCAUUUAUAGUGAUGAUGCUUAUAAGAAAAUGGUGAAAAAAUGGACCGGAUCGUUGGAUAGUGUAUCUCUUUUACUGGACGUUUUAGCCAGGAAUGAGAAUGUCGCGCUGAACCUCAAUAACUACACUAUACCAGAAUAUAAACUGCCACUGAUCUGUUUGCUCGACAAAGCAAAUGAAUUUUUGAUCGUGGACGAAGAAUACAAUCUGCUUCUAGACUUUCUGUCAGUUGUGAGGCCGAGUAUCGAGAAACUACUUAACGAGGAAACGCUGUCACUUACGUUUUACAAGCUUGUAGCGACCCAGAAUCGCGUUUUCGAGCUCAGUGGACGUUAUAUCUGGUAUACAUUUGAUGAUGACGAUUGGGAACAGUCUCAAGAGAUUAUACACAAAUAUCUAUGUGUCUUGACCGACAGACUUACUGCACAGCAAGAGAUCCUUCCGCAUCUGCAACCGCUAUUCGAUGAGGUAACUUCGACCAAAAACCCGUUCUCACACGCUAGGGUUCCUGAUGGAGAAAACAGUACCGGGGGAGACUCGGCUGAAGAGCAAGUUUACUCUUUUGACUUGAAUGAGGAUGGAAGUUUGGUCGUGCCGGACGUUUUUGCACAUAACGAGAAGCGACAUGAAGCAUUGUACCGCGUAUUGGGCCUCGCGAAGCAUAAUUCAUCGCCUUUACUGCGGUCCCAGUUUUUUGCGCUUUGUGGACUAGUCGAUCCCGUAACUCAGCCCUCGCCCAAUGAUUCGCAUAUCAUAUCGAUCGACUUACUAUCAGAUAUGUUUUUAGGACUUCUGCAUGAUGGUAUACGCCAACUGACAGUUGACUGGCGAUUUCACGUAUGCUUCAAUUUACAAAAAAUCAUAAAUGCCACUUUACCACGACUCAACUGCGAUGACUUUCAAAGGCUUAACUCCGUGAACAAUAGCGAUGAGAAUAUAGAUUGGAGGCAGAACCUGCAUAAGUGGUUACCGCAUGGGUUUAACACCCAGGAUCUUGAACUGGUCUAUAUGAUAGACACUUUAGCCAUUUACCUGAUUCACAAACUCUACUCAAAAUAUCCAAUACAAAUGAACCCAUUUCUGGCUCCAAUGAUCUCAUUGUGGAAGAACCUUACAUUUGUUGUCUUGCUGGGGCUUGAAAUCGACAGAUUUGAAGAAGAGCAAGAGACGUUUGAAACUCCAGUUCUUGUGCGCGCUACAAUUCGCGGUGCUUCCGCGCUGAGAAGCGUCAUUGCGACCGUCUUGAACGGUCAUGUCGAGGCUAAGCUCCACGAUUUCAAGCAUGAACCUGUAAACAUUUUCAUGUCACCGCAUGGCCGAAAGUUGUGUCAUGGUGCUCUUUACGCCGACGUAAGAUCACACGCCGCUGCAAUGCUUUCACUGGGGGUAGACCUUGAGCAAGUGACCAAACUUCUAAGCGAUUUGCAACCCGGUGAUAGAUUCGAUGAAGACGUCAAAUACAUGUUUGACUACGAAUUCGAAAACUACAAUGAAGUAGAUACGGAGCACAUGGACGAGGAGGAACUUGAGGAUGCUGAGGCUAGAGAAAGAAUCAAAGAAUUAAGAGGGUACUACAAGCGUUGUCAUUGUACUUUCGACGAUGACGAAAUGGUUCCCGAGACUGAGACUGGAGGAGAAGAAGUUGCUAAUGAGCGCGAGCAGUUUUUCGCCCAAGGGGCUACUCUUGCUAAGGGAUCCAAAUCGGUUGCAUUCAGAUCUCACAAAGAUAAUGUGGAAUUUGACGUGAAUGGGAGAGAUUGGAGAGAUAUCCCGAGAGGCCUUAAUUUCUAUUUCAAUGAGGAUUUCAUUUUUGAAGACCAGUGCCGUUCUGAGGAUAUAUUCACUCUUAUGAAAUUGGCCUCUAAGCAAGCUGUAUCCAAUGAACAAGCUUCUCUUCUUGUGCGAAGCGUGGCCACUUGCGUUAAAAAGGAGCAAGAGUUGACGGUUCUCAGCAGUGUGUCUCCACGAAUGAAAGAGACAGCUUUGCAAGAGGCCGGCUUGCAAAUCGAUGAGGACGUCGAGCUGACGACCGAUCUUAUUUAUGAAAAAUGGUGUGAGGACUCUCUAUUUGAGAAGAUUUUGCAUUUCAAUGAGGAGCUUGGUUGGCGCAUGAUGGAUGAAAUGCUAAUGUGCAGCGGCUAUCGUCGUGUUCUGAUUUGGUUUAUCACCCAUUUGAAAAUAAGUGGAUCCGUUAUCCAAUACAUCUAUCAGCUGGUUGUUGGACUAAGAGGAAGUCCUCGAGAAGAAACAAACGUGGCCAAGGUGACUUUCCCCACCAACGAUGCUACCCCUUCCCAGAAUGGUGAUCACAAUUGGAAAGUGCCAUUUUCAAGACAAGGUUCACUUCUGCUUUCAUCUAUAGAGGUCAAAAUGCUGUUCCAAGAAUUCCUUACAAACUCUGUGAUAUUCUUCUCACGACAUCUAAGAGAGUCGCAGUCGCCGGAUGACUUACAAGGGGGCGAAGAUUCUGCUCCGGUGUCCACGUACAUCCUGGGAGUGAUAAGGCUUAUGUGCUUCAUGUUCGGCAGACUACUUCAGGAAGACAAAAUAGACCUGACCGACUCCGAAUUUGUGUUUGAGCUUCAAACGCUGCUGAUGAAUUCGAUCUGCAUUGUGCCCGAGGCUAGAGACCUGUUUUUCGCAUUGAGAGCUAAGGUUGAAACUGUCACGGCUGCCAACAGCAAAACACUUGGAUCCAAAAAGCCUGCUCGGAAUUCGAAUGAUCCUAAUUACGUCUUGGACGAGGCUGUCGCGUCACCUUCGGACCUAUCCAUCUACAAUCAAAAGUUGAUCUCGCUACUUCCGCCGCCCAGCGACGCUGAAAAUACCGCUGUCGCGGCGCUACGACAUUUUAUCACCAAACAUUCGCUCACCUCGGCCACAGCCCUCUUCGGAAGAAGAGUCGUUAGCACCGAUGAUCAGAUUUUGCCCAUGUACAUGACAAACAAUGAGAUGAACAUGCGAGAUUUUCUGGCCGAAUUUGGUAUCGACUAUUUUGACGUUGUCGAACAACUUUAUGCACGAGAAGAAAAUGGCGAAGAUGUUAACAACAAUAUUAUAGAUAGCAAUUCACAACUUGCUUAA